AUGCGCCGCAGCUUGCUGAUCUUCCUCCUCGCCACGGUUGUCAUUGUCACCCUCCUUCUGCACUCAGUCUCGACUCUACUCUCCCUGUUAAUUGAAGACGCGUCCGCCGACGCCAUUCACCGAUCAGAGCUGCCCGCUCCGAACUCGACGCUGCUCGAAACGCGGCCGCAGCUGAUACCCAAAAUCAUUCACCAAACAUACAUCAACGAGUCCAUUCCCCCCAAUUGGAAGCCGGCCCAGCAGUCUUGCAUAGACCUGCACCCGGACUACGAAUAUAUUUUGUGGACGGAUGCAAAAUGUCACGACUUCAUCGCCAAGGAGUAUCCGUGGUUUUUGUCGACUUUCGUCGGAUAUAAACACAAUAUUCAACGGGCCGACGCCAUCAGAUACUUUGUACUGGCUCAUUAUGGCGGCAUUUACAUUGAUCUGGACGACGGCUGUAAACGAAGGCUUGACCCUCUCCUCUCCUACACCGCAUGGGUCCGUCGAACACGCCCCACGGGCAUCAGCAACGAUGUCAUGGCUGCCAUUCCCCAGCACCCCUUCUUCCUGCGAGUCAUGGAAUCUCUUCAAGGCGCCAAUAGAUCGUGGCUGUUGCCGUAUAUCACGAUCAUGGCUUCUACUGGACCGUUGUUCCUGUCGGUGAUCUGGAAAAAAUGGAUGGGCCAACAUGCUCACCUAGACCCCGACAAGUGGAUCGGUCGAGUGCGAGUCCUGAUGCCCGACGAAUACAAUAAGCAUGCCUGGAGUUUCUUCAAAACCUACAAAGGUGACAGCUGGCACGGCAAGGACGCAAGGUUUAUUUUCUGGAUGGGCAAAAAUUGGCUGCUUCUCACCGUCUUGGGUUUCUUACUCGCGGCCGUGGUGGGAUUGGCCAUCUGGUGGCUGUACUCUCGUGUCAUCACCUUGGGCGCCAGAAGACGUGCCGCCGGAGCGAGUCCACGUCUUGCUGCGUUUCGAUUCCCCGUGGUCUCAGGGGUACCACUGUUCAGGAAAUGGAGCGGGUCCCAGCAAACCUACGAGCUGGUGGAGCAGCAUGACGCCUGA